CCGCGUGUAGACCCGAUGGACCCUGGCGAGGCGGCCAUCUUGGAGUCUUCCCAAAGGAGCUUCAACCUUCUCUUCACGGUGGUGCCGGCGGCCUUGCUGGGCAGAAUGAAUGUGAUAGACCACUUGCGAGACAUGGCGGCAGCGGGGCUGCACUCCAACGUGCGGCUCCUCAGCAGCUUGUUACUUACAAUGAGUAAUAACAACCCUGAGUUAUUCUCCCCAUCUCAGAAGUACCAGCUUUUGGUGUAUCAUGCAGAUUCUCUCUUUCACGAUAAGGAAUAUCGGAAUGCUGUGAGUAAGUAUACUAUGGCUUUACAGCAGAAGAAAGCCUUAAGUAAAACUUCAAAAGUGAGACCUUCAACUGGAAAUUCUGCAUCCACUCCACAAAGUCAGUGUCUUCCAUCUGAAAUUGAAGUAAAGUACAAAAUGGCUGAAUGUUAUACAAUGCUAAAACAAGAUAAAGAUGCCAUUGCUAUUCUUGAUGGGAUCCCUUCAAGACAAAGAACUCCCAAAAUAAACAUGAUGCUGGCAAACCUGUACAAGAAGGCUGGUCAGGAGCGACCUUCAGUCACCAGCUAUAAGGAAGUGCUGAGGCAGUGCCCAUUAGCCCUUGAUGCCAUUCUAGGUUUGCUGUCCCUUUCUGUAAAAGGUGCAGAGGUGGCAUCAAUGACGAUGAACGUGAUCCAGACCUUGCCUAACUUAGAUUGGCUUUCUGUGUGGAUCAAAGCGUAUGCUUUUGUGCACGUUGGUGACAACUCGAGAGCAAUCAAUACCAUCUGUUCACUAGAGAAAAAGUCCUUAUUGAGAGAUAACGUGGACCUACUGGGAAGCUUAGCAGAUCUGUACUUCAGAGCUGGAGACAAUAAAAACUCUGUCCUCAAGUUUGAACAGGCACAGAUGUUGGAUCCUUAUCUGAUAAAAGGAAUGGAUGUAUAUGGCUACCUCCUGGCACGAGAAGGGCGGCUGGAGGAUGUGGAGAACCUUGGCUGCCGCCUUUUCAAUAUUUCUGAUCAACAUGCGGAACCCUGGGUGGUCUCUGGGUGUCAUAGCUUCUAUAGCAAACGCUACUCCCGAGCCCUCUAUUUAGGAGCCAAGGCCAUUCAGCUGAACAGUAAUAGUGUUCAAGCUUUGCUACUUAAGGGAGCAGCACUUAGAAACAUGGGCAGAGUCCAAGAAGCAAUAAUCCACUUUCGGGAGGCUAUACGUCUUGCACCUUGUCGCUUAGAUUGUUAUGAAGGUCUCAUCGAAUGUUACUUAGCCUCCAACAGUAUUCGUGAAGCAAUGGUAAUGGCUAACAAUGUUUACAAAACUCUAGGAGCAAAUGCACAGACCCUUACCCUUUUAGCCACCGUUUGUCUGGAAGACCCAGUGACACAGGAGAAAGCCAAAACUUUAUUAGAUAAAGCCCUGACUCAAAGGCCGGACUACAUUAAGGCUGUGGUGAAAAAAGCGGAACUGCUUAGCAGAGAACAGAAAUAUGAAGAUGGAAUUGCUUUGCUGCGGAACGCACUAGCUAAUCAGAGUGACUGUGUCCUGCAUCGGAUCCUAGGAGAUUUCCUUGUAGCUGUCAAUGAGUAUCAGGAAGCAAUGGACCAGUAUAGUAUAGCACUAAGUUUGGACCCCAAUGACCAGAAGUCUCUAGAGGGGAUGCAGAAGAUGGAGAAGGAGGAGAGUCCCACGGAUGCCACUCAGGAGGAGGAUGUGGACGACAUGGAAGGGAGUGGGGAAGAAGGGGACCUGGAGGGCAGCGACAGUGAGGCGGCCCAGUGGGCUGACCAGGAGCAGUGGUUCGGCAUGCAGUGAGGCAGGCACAGCUCCGUGGCCACACUGGCCUGCCCCGCUCUGAGCACUUCCAUGGACUGAAGGAACCUGUAGGAGCCCGCUCUCUGGGAGGACAAUGAUUCAGCAUGUGAUUGCAGCAGGGGUCUCUGCCCCUUGCUCCGUAUUUCUAGUAGUGACUUCAUUUUUAAAAACUGAGCCUGACCAACCUUCCAUAUAUCUCCAUCCUCCUCUGCUCCAGUCAGGGAGGACCAAGUGAGCACUCAGAGGCCCGUGGACGUGUCGGGGCUUCUGGGACAGAGUGCUUUUUAUAGAACUAACUUCUAAAUCUGAAAGCUCGAGGAAUAGAAAGUGUUUUGUCUGUGAUGUUGUGGAUGGGUUUAAAGGAGCGACCUGUUCCCCAGAGCAAGAGUGUCAUCUCCCAGCAGCAGCAUGGACUGGCCCUUUCAGAGAGGGUUUCCUGUCCCAGAAAUCAUUAUCCUGGGUUGUCCAAACUUCCCUAGUAACCUUGCUUCUUUCUGCAAUGUUAGUAAUGCCUUAAGCUGACAGUUGCUGUUUUGCAGAACAGUUUUCCUAUUUGCUAAUCUGGUAACUUGCCUAUGAGCCUGGGCCGAAUCUGAGAAACAAGUGUGACCUAGAGCAUGAACAGAGGCACAGUUGGGGUAAUUAAUAAAACUGUUUUUUGUACAGUAA